GUUCUGAGAAGUUAUGAGUUAACUUAAACAUUCUAAACUUGUCAAACGUGUCAUGUGGCAUUUAUAGGGGCUCACAUUCCAAAACUUUCCAGUUUAGGUACAAAUCAUUUGUUAGCUGUCCGCCUUCGCAAAAACAUCAAAACCGCAAAGAUGGAUCAUUGUCACCUGUUUGUUCUUUGUGCCAUCAUUGCACUGACCCAAGCAGGGGAACCUAGAAAACAAGAAACUGAGUGCCCAAAAGGCUGGACUCAGUUGGACAUGUACUGUUACGUCUUUCAACAUGAUGCCAGGUCAUUUUCUGAUGCAGAGAGCGUCUGCAACGUACUUGGCGGGAAUCUGGUCUCCAUCAACAGCGCCAAGGAAAAUGCACUCGUUGUUGAGCUGAUUCGGGAGGCUGCUGGUUCUGUUGUGGACACUUGGAUUGGACUCCACGAUGCAAUUGAGGAAAAUGACUUUGUAUGGACCGAUGGCGAAACUGUGAAUUUCAAAAGCUUUGGUGUUGGCCAGCCUGACAACAAUAGCGAUAACGAAAACUGUGUAGAGAUCGCGGCAGAUGCAAACGAAUUGUGGAAUGAUGACACUUGCACUGAGGCCAACCCAUUUGUUUGCAUCAAAGCUGCGGAGAAAACGGACUGCCACUAAUCAGUUUAUCUAAUGUUACUGCAACCUUCUCUAAUCAUGGAUUUUUAUCAUCUUGGUAUCUUAUAUGUCAUUAGUCCUGAUUCCAAAGUUUACACUUUAAUAAUUGCUAAGAAAUCAAGGGGCCAUGAUGGUGACACGACUGGCUUCAUGUCUUGUCUCUCUGUAACUGCCUUCUUCUUUUUCAAGCUAAUUUCCGUGGGUGUCUUUCCAACAAAUUCAAU